ACAUUCUCCGCUUUCCCCCCAUACACCAUUCUACCGAAAGAAAGAGGAAAAACACUUGCUCGUGCUCGCAUCAUUUUAUCAUUACACCGCAUUGUUUCUUUGUUCUGCGUCAGACUGCUACGCUCUUUAUUGAGUUUGUUUACUUUUUCUUUAUUUUUCUUUGCUUUUAGGCACUGCCAUUGCAAUUCCGUGCCCCAGGUCAGGGGUUGCUGCUCUUCGCUCGUUCUCGACUUCAUUCGGUUUCCAACCACAGGCCUCGCUCCGACAGCAAUAACAAACAAUUGCAUUAAUCUCACAACUCCAUUCUCAUCAUGAACACUCCUCCAAGGCUUCGUUCUCGUGGACGGCCCAAGACUCCCCCUGCCCCUCGUCAUGGUCCUAAGUUUUCCCCUGAACCUGAGCGUACCUGUAAGCGAAAGGGGGCCUCUUCAACAUCGGGUUAUUCUACUGCAACACUUUCCCCACCCCCUUCAUCGCCCAUAGCACCUCACUCGCCCGAGCAAACACGUAUCGUUAAGGGCAAAAAGCGGACUACGUUUGCUGCCGAGGGGCCCGCGGGAGCAUCGUCAUCUGAGGUUGAUAGUGAUGGGGACAAGGAGGGAAAAGUGGGAGGAGGGGAGCAGGAUAAUGAAAUUGAGAAGAUUCUGGGAAAGGGUAGAAAGACCUUGUUGAAUCCGGGAGGAUUUGGAUUGCCUACGCCUGCAAAGACCCCUUCCCGCAAGCGAAAACAUCUGGAUUUAGAAGAGAUUGUUGGUUCAGCGAGGGUUCUGUUCCCUUCGUCGUCCAAGUCCAAGGAUUCCUCUUCGACCCCACUGUCAUGCGCUCGGAGAACACUCCUCAAAAAGUCUCCCCCCAGGCAGAGAAAAGGUGGAAUGGGGUCAUUGGAUCUCUUGGGUGAUGAACGACCUGCUUUAGACUCUAUAAGCAUAUUCACAGACUCUAAUGCUCGCAUUCCGAAACAUGAUGAUGAUCCAGACAACCCGUUUAUUACUAGGCCGGGAGAAGAGAGCGUCACCUCCAAAAGGCAGAGAAUCAAAAAUAAAAAGGCAAAGUCCUUGGGGGCAGAUGAAGAUAGAGAGGAUGGCAUGGUGUAUGUUUUGUAAGGCUCGCCAUCUACUGUAUUACGCGCUUAACUCCCCACUAACUCACCUAUAGUCGAGGAAAGAAGGUUUUCAAAAAAUUCACCGAAAUGGAAGACCCGAAUGAGCGUCUUCCGGGUGGUUUGGAUGAUGGAGAAGAUGAUGAGAUAAGUCUUGAACGAUCUGCUAUCAAGCCACGCCUACUGUUUCCACCGAAAUCUCCCGAGGAGCCCGAGAUUCCUGUUGAAGAGGAGGCAGAGACGGAUAUUGAGGAGUCUACUUCUUCACAACCGGCUACCUCGUUCGCCGAAGCUCUUGCUACAAUGGGAAAACAGGAGAAGCGUGAUAUCUCACGUCUGACACCCGACUCUGAGGACGACAGCGGACGUAGCAAUAUCUUCAAUCCGGGGGGCAAGACUGUGUCAAAGCGAAAGUCCAUCUUCGAUGCUGGUGAGGAUGGAGAUGAACCACUCAUUGCACCGGUCAAGAAGAGCAUGCGGAGAAAGCGGGGUCUGGAGGACGAAUCCGCUACGCUUGAGAGCCCAAGGAGAGUCAGAAUAAAGAGAGCACGGGUCUAAUUCCCAAUGUCCUUUCCGUGUAUUAAUAGGUGGAAAAAUUCCCUUGUAUCGUUGUCAUCAUCAGCAUUUCGUUCGAUUGUCUCCAUUUAUCACAUUGUUUUCAUGACUUGAUGUAUUUUUUCCCCCAUGAGCAUUCUUUAGCACGGGCCACGAUUUCGGUAAGGAUAGAAGGAUGUCAAGGUUAACUUCGCAUACCACCAACUUUUCCUUCUUCUUUUCCUUUUCUCCCCUUCACUUAUUUUUCUCCGCUAGCAUCUCUAUGUCCUUGAUUGUUUCACCCGUCAAGCCGGUUCUUUUAUACCACCCCUUUUUUUAUUCCUUCUCUAAUCGUGCCUGUGGCUUUUGUGCCUUCCCCUAUCUUGUGUUUGCAAAUCGAGGAAACGAAGUGAGCACGAGCUUACCUCUUAUUUUUUUAUUUUUUAUUUUUAUUCCGUUUUGGGAAGGGAUCAAUGGCAAAAUGGGGUUGUUUUCUCCUAGGGGGGUUUUUUUUUAUCAAAGGCGAAAUACCUGGGCAAUGGUCAUCGAUAUCCUGUUUGUAUAUCUGAUAUUUGUAUCUCCCGCCUCGCGGAUGGGUUGGACGGUUGCUAUGGAUCAGGGUUUUUCUGGAAAGGGGAGCUCAGAGUUAAACAAUUUAAUAACACUUUGGUAGCUGUUGUGCAAGAUAGUUUAUUGUGAGUGAGUUAGUUAAGGGCCGUGAUUUUUUGCACUGCGCUCCCGUACCAUACUCUCAAAUAUUCGUUGAAUAUCGUUGAUAAAAUUCUGCCAUAAAGUAGUAUUAUUAUGAGUGAAAUGGGAUAAAAUAUAUUUUUGUUGGAUCCGUGAUGAUCUGUUGUGAACCACGAGAUGGUGUUUUACUCGGGAGCGAACCGUUGCAUGAAGCUAUCGAUGUCUGCAGGGAGAUCAUGUAGGAAUCGGGUCGAUCCAUUGGAGACUUGGGAGUGAAGAAGCUUUCGGUGCCUCUCUCUCGACCUGACUGCGGCUCACCAAUUUCCAGACAUGGGCGUUAAGCCAAGCUUCCGGACAGCCCCUUUGAUUACGAAUUCGUUGCCUGGGGACGCGAUUGCUGCUUCAGAAGUGAGUCCCUGAUAACUAUCUCGAGAAUCACCCCCCUCCAUCUCCCCAGGCAAAGCUGUAUGUAGCGAGGGGCUGAAGUCUGCCCUCACAUCCCUCGAACCUCUUUCCAUUCCUUCAGAGCUACAGCCCUCACUCGCCUUUACGAAGUUUAUCGCUCCCACCUGGUUCAGCGGAUUCACUUCUACCAGUACAGCCGUUAACACUGCCACUGCCAUAAUCUUCCCCCUUCCCCCCUUUCGGACUUACCUACCUACUUACUAUAACAUACGACAGUUGCUCGCUUUACCCGUUGAAUGGGUUGCCUGUGACAGCACCUAACUUCAGCCCUUCAUUCCUUCAGCAACAAGGGAGAAACUCUCUGAACCUCACUUCACUCUCUAAGGCGGCCUAAAAGGUCAUACCGCUUGCAUGAGCGACGAAAAACGCUCUAUGCUUGGGAGCUCCCUUCCAAUCCCAACUUACGAAGAGGCGACAUCCUCCCGAGCCCCUAGCGAUGUCGGCGACAAUCCGCAUACCGAGGAGG